CUCUCUCUCUCUCUCUCUCUCUCUCUCUCUCCUCUACAACAGCUCAGUACAUAUAAUUUUUUUUUUUGGUAAAAAAAAAUAAAAAGAUCAUGAGAACGAUGAUAGAUUUAGGAAGCCAAAGAGGUCAUUUACAGAUCAUGAGCACUCCUACUUCCGUCGACUGUGGCCGUGACGUCCGUCUCCGGCGAACUUUCCGGUCACUCAUCGAAUGCAUGGUUCCGUACUGUUGCACUUACCAGCCUUCACCCUCCGACCACCAGAACGACGCCGUAUCCGUCUCCUCCGCCACGUCAUCAUCCUCCUCCUCCGACCACUCCUUCUCCUCCUCCUCUUCCGCUUCCCAUCAGAACAGCCUCGUCGUCACUGGAACUUUCUUCGGCCACCGCCGCGGCCGCGUCAGCUUCUGUCUCCACGACGACCUUCGAGGCGGAUCCCCGCCGCUCCUCCACCUCGAUCUCGCCGUGCCCACCUCGACGUUCGCUCGGGAGAUGGACCAGGGCUCGGUCCGAAUCACCCUCGAGUGCGAUCGCCGCAGCAACCAUGGCUCGUCCAUGCUUUUCCAGGUGCCGGUGUGGACGAUGUACUGUAACGGCCGGAAAGUUGGGUAUGCAGUCCGGCGGCAGGUGACGGCGAACGACGCGGCGUUUCUCCGGAAGAUGCAGUCGGUAUCGGUCGGAGCAGGCGUGCUGCCGCUCGGCGACGACGAGGCGUUGUACAUGAGAGCGAGGUUCGAGCGAGUCAGCGGGUCAACUGACUCGGAAUCGUUCCAUAUGAUGAAUCCCGGUGGUGGUUAUGGACAGGAGCUUAGUAUAUUUUUUCUGAGAUCGUGAAAGCUUUUUGUAAAAUAGGUAGAAGGGUAAUGUUAGAUUUUAAUUUAUGUAUAUCACAGAUUAAUUAUGGUGGGUUACCAAAACGCUUAUGUAUCUCUCUCAUGUCAAAUUGUGUGUGUUUGUUAAAUGAGAAAUUCAGACCGCUAUUGAUAUUCAA